CUUUGUUACUCACGAAAUUCACACAAAGGUUUGUGUACAAGAAACAAUGGGCGACUCAUUCAUAGGCAAUCUCACAGAGAGUGUCAAUCAACUGACGCCGACAUCGAUCGCCAUCUCAGUCGCGGUCUUGCUGGGCAGUCUCAUCACGAUCUGGCUUCAAAAUGGCCCAUCAACGCCCAAGGAGCUUCGCAAUCUUCGACGAGAAGGCGUGUCAUCAAGCAACAUGAGCGACCAAACCGAUUCCAAAUACGACUUUCCUGAGAGCACUGAAAAUGAUGGCCCAAUUCGUAUCAAAGCAAUCUUUGUGCAUCCCAUCAAAUCUUGCGCCCCAGUCGAAUUGAACCGAGCGCAACUCAUCAAGAGUGGCUUGGUCUGGGAUCGAUGUUUCGCUCUGGCGACAGAAGUCAAUCGUGCGGAAUCAGAAGGGGGCCCGAUAUGGCGAUUCAUCAGUCAGCGGACUAAACCGCUCAUGUCGCAGAUCAAGACCGAGUUAUGGCUCAGUCCCGAAGGUAGCGAUGCGAGCUCUCCUUUCGACUCCGUGGGAUGUCUCGUCUUCAAGUUCCCAGAUCCAGAUCCUCCGACUCUGUUGGAACAGCUAAAAUCCAUGCUGUUCUCUCAUCCGAGGGAAGUCUCUGCGUUCGUGUCGCUCUCUCCAGAUGAAAAUUAUCUCAAUAAGCAUGGGAUCGCCAUGAAGACAUUUGCCAUUCAUUCAAGAGAAGCAAAAGGCUUGGAUAUGGGAAACGCACCAACCAUUGCCGCCAUACUCCCCAAACUCAAGCGCUUCCUCAACAUCCCCGAGCAUCAAAAGCUCACUCUUUUGCGCUGCACACCAAACACUCUCGUGCCAACAGAGAAGAACCUAGCGCCCUUGGAGCACAUCGGCAAACCAGCUGUUCACGGUUACACAGACCAACAACCCGUCAACGUGAACAGUCUCGCCUCCGUCCACGCCGUUUCAGCCCUUCUCCCCAAAGAAAACCAGCCUCUCAACGCGCUUCGUUUUCGCGCAAAUAUUUGGAUCACAGGUGCUCCAGCGUUUGUCGAAGAAACAUGGAAACGAUAUCGCGUUGUGCCAAAGCAACAACAUGCAGCCUCCCCUUCACUUUCUGUCGUUUGCCGGACAUCGCGCUGCACGUUGCCGAACGUGAAUCCACUUACUGGUAAAUUUGAUACAGAUAAACCGGACAGUGGAAAAACAAGAGGAAAGGCACAGCCUAGCUCGACGCUUGUUAAGCAUCGAACGGUUGAGGAUGGAAACCCGAGGGCUUUGGGGUACCUUGGCAUGCACUGUGUCCCAGAAAAUGCAGGCUUGCAGCAGGCUGCGGACAGUGUUGAAAAUCUGUAUGUUCAAGUCGGUGAUGAGAUUGAAGUUCUUGAGCGCGGAGUUCAUUUAUACGGAUCGACUGCCAAUGACUACUAGCCUCAGGUCUCUCCGCAUGCAAUUAUCACCAGCUCGGAAAUCUCCGAACAAGAAACCCUAAAUAGAAACUCUCCGCUACAAGGUCAGCAUCUCUACUAUCGAUAUCUUUGUCUAGCGCAGACGAUCAAUCUUACAAAAAGCCACAUUCGAUGCCACGCCAACGCCUGUGUUACCAUGUAAGCGGUAAAGACGUGUUGAUAGGCUAUCUCGCUCUUGGUGAUUGGACAACGGGUGUUAUGCGGGGAUGUAUGGCGUUUUGUUUGAGUCUGGUUGUUGGGUCAUGGUCGAAUUCGCACGCUAUGGACCAUUAUUAUUAAAAGCUUGAAGAGGGUUUAUUUAAUGUGACCAAACUCAUGAUUGAAUAAUGGAUCCAUGAGACGUAGC